AUGGCGUCCACGGCACCCACCACGACCGCUCACGAGUGGACUGCUCCCAAAGUUCGAGACACAUUUAUCAAGUACUUCGAAGACCGCGGACAUACAUUCGUCAAAUCCUCCCCAGUCGUUCCUCUGUCAGAUCCGACCCUCCUCUUCACAAAUGCCGGCAUGAACCAGUUUAAACCUAUCUUCCUCGGUACGGUCGAUCCCUCAAGCAAAGAAGGUCAAUACAGACGAGUGGUCAACUCGCAGAAAUGCAUACGUGCGGGCGGAAAACACAAUGACCUUGACGACGUUGGCAAGGACAGCUACCACCAUACCUUUUUCGAGAUGCUGGGCAACUGGUCGUUUGGCGACUACUUCAAAAAGGAGGCCAUACUGUUCUCCUGGGAGCUGUUGACGGGCGUAUUCGGGCUGGAACCGGAUAGAUUAUAUGUCACCUAUUUUGAAGGAAACGAAGCUGGCGGUCUAGAGCCGGAUCUAGAGGCCAAGGAGAUUUGGAAGAGCGUCGGGGUGCCUGAAGACCAUAUAUUACCCGGUAACAUGAAGGACAAUUUCUGGGAAAUGGGCGAUCAAGGUCCAUGUGGUCCAUGUUCCGAAAUUCACUAUGAUCGCAUAGGCGGUCGCAAUGCGGCCAGUCUCGUCAAUCAGGAUGACCCCAACGUGCUGGAGAUAUGGAACAAUGUGUUCAUUCAGUACAAUCGAGAACCGGAUAGGAGCUUGCGACCGCUACCGAACAAGCACGUCGACACAGGCAUGGGAUUUGAACGACUGGUCAGUGUCCUGCAGAACAAGAUGUCCAACUACGAUACCGAUGUCUUCACGCCGCUUUUCUCGCGAAUUCAGGAAGUGACAGGCGCCAGACCCUACUCGGGGAAGUUUGGCGAAGAGGAUGUCGACGGUAUCGACACUGCAUAUAGGGUUGUUGCGGACCAUGUGCGGACUUUGACCUUUGCAAUCAGCGACGGCGGCAUUCCCAACAACGAAGGGAGAGGAUAUGUUGUUAGACGAGUGCUGCGACGCGGUGCGCGAUAUGCUCGAAAAUACUUCAAUGUCGAAAUCGGCGAUUUCUUCUCAAAGAUCGUACCAACCCUUGUGGAACAGAUGGGUGGGAUGUUUAAGGAAAUCGUUGCGAAAGAGGAGGAAGUUAAGGAGAUCCUCAACGAGGAAGAGCUGUCUUUUGCAAAGACAUUGGAUCGCGGGGAACGGCAGUUCGAAGUGUAUGCGCAGAAGAGCCAGGUUCAAGGCCUCAAAAAACUACACGGUGCCGACGUCUGGCGAUUAUACGACACUUUCGGAUUCCCUGUUGAUCUGACUCGGCUCAUGGCUGAAGAACGAAAUCUCUCCAUUGACGACAAUGAAUUCGAGGCCGCGAGAUUGGCCGCCAAGGAGGCCAGCAAGGGGCAGAAGAAAGCGGCCAGUGAUGUCCUCAAGCUCGAUGUGCAUGAUCUGGGCCAGUUAGAGAAAAUGCCCGGUGUGACAAAAACAGACGAUAGCGCCAAAUACGGCAGGGACAAUAUCACCAGCACAAUCCAGGCGAUAUAUCACGCGAAGCAGUUCCAUUCCGACACCAAAAAUAUCCCCGAAGACGAUCAGGUCGGUAUUAUUCUUGAUCGAACCUGCUUCUACGCAGAACAGGGUGGUCAGGAGUACGACACCGGCCGGAUCGUCAUUGAUGGACAGGCCGAACUGGAGGUGGAGAAUGUCCAGCUUUAUGCCGGCUACGUGUUACACACAGGUUACAUGAAGUACGGCCACUUCUCCGUGGGGGACAAGGCAAUCUCAGAGUAUGACGAAUUGAGACGAUGGCCCAUACGGAACAACCAUACAGGCACACACAUUCUCAACUUUGCGCUAAGGGAAGUCCUCGGCGAUGGUGUGGAACAGAAGGGCUCGUUAGUGGCCCAGGAAAAGUUGAGAUUUGAUUUCAGCCACAAAUCCGGUGUCUCAGACGCUGAUUUGCAGAAGAUCGAAGACAUAUCGACAGAGUAUAUCAGGCAGAAUUGCCCCGUAUAUGCCAAGGAUGUGCCUUUAGUCAUUGCCCGUGAGAUUUCAGGUGUCAGAGCCGUCUUUGGCGAGACGUACCCUGAUCCCGUUCGGGUUGUGUCGGUGGGUGUCGAAGUUGAUGAUAUCCUGAACAAUGUCAAGGACGACAAAUGGAAAACGGUCAGCAUCGAAUUCUGCGGUGGCACCCACGUCAGAAGCACGGGCGAUAUCAAGGACCUUGUCAUCCUCGAAGAAAGCGGCAUCGCCAAAGGCAUUCGGAGAAUCAUCGCUGUCACGGGAGAGGACGCUCAUGAAGUCCAGCGCGUGGCGGAUGAUUUCUCUGUGAAACUGGACAAGCUUGAGAAAAUGCCAUCCGGGACGCCGAAGGAACAUGAAGCGAAGGCCAUCCAGCUUGAACUCAAUAACUUGUCAAUAUCGGCGGUGAAAAAAUCACAAUUCCGAGACCGCUUCUCGAAAAUCAGCAAAGAGAUCCUCGAUCAGCAGAAGAAAUUGCAGAAAGAGGAGACGAAGAAAGCCAUCGACACAAUAACAGAGUACUUUGAGAAGUCCCCCAGUGCUCAAGCGGCGGUGCUGAGGCUACCAAUUGGAGGGAAUCCCAAAAUUGUGCCAGAUGUUGUCAAACAUGUCCAGACUAAGUUGAAGGACAAGAGUGUGUAUAUUAUGGUGGCGGAUGAGAAGGACCCCGAAGGCAAAGUCUACCAUGGAUGUUUUGUCAGUCAGAAUGGCACCAAGGCCGGCAUGAAAUCCCCCGAGUGGUCGUCGACAGUGUCGAAGCUUGUUGGCGGCAAGGCUGGGGGAAAGGAACCUGUUGCCAUCGGCACAGGGACAGAGCAGUCCAAGAUCGACGAGGCGUUGAAGGCGGCAACGGAUUAUCUGGAGAAAUUCAAGCUAUGA